AUUGGUUUUUAUAUUGUAUAAAUUAUCUCUAGUUUUUAUAUUAAUGACGUACCUCCUAUAUAAUCAUUUUUUUGGCACUUAUCAAUGAUCCAUCAAACUUGACGGUAUCAAUGAACUUCAAUCACUAUUAAUUUUGAAUUAAUAGUUAUAUCUUAUUAUUCUCAUGAAUAUAUUAUUUCAAAAAACUCCAAUCCCUAUUUUAAGAUGUUUUAAUUUCACGAACCGUUUAAUUAGAAACGGUAGUAGUGCUAUAACAAAAAAAGAUGUUAAAAAGGAAGGAAAACACGCGAGAAGAAACCAGUUAAAAACUUUCGGAAAAUAUGUGGCUGAAUGCAUUCCAAAAUAUGUGCAGAAAGUGCAUAUUACUUCUACAGAUGAAUUGGAUAUCAUGGUAGUACCAGACGGAAUUUGUUGCGUCAUGCAAUUUUUAAAGGACCACCACAAUUCCCAAUUCGAAUCGUUACUAGAUAUAACAGCUAUCGAUGUUCCUAAUAGGAUUUAUAGAUUCGAGAUCAUUUACAUAAUGCUCUCAUACCGGUUCAACUCAAGAAUUAAAGUCAAAACAUACGCUGAUGAAUUGACGGCUGUAGAUUCAGUGUCUGGUAUUUAUAACUCUGCAAACUGGCCAGAACGUGAAGUGUACGAUCUCUAUGGAGUCCUCUUCGCGAAUCAUCCCGAUUUAAGACGAAUCAUAACGGAUUACGGUUUUCAAGGAAAUCCAUUGAGAAAAGAUUUUCCGUUAUCAGGAUACGUGGAGUUACGUUACGAUGACGAAAAGAAGAGAGUAGUGUGCGAACCUGUGGAGUUUGCUCAAGAAUUUAGACAUUUCGAUCUCAGCGUACCCUGGGAACAAUUUUACAAGUAUAGAACUAAGCAAGAAGCUUUGGAGAACACCCAAAUUGAAGAUUCUAAGACGAAACGUAAAAAAUAAUUGUAUUAGUGGUAAUAAUAAAAGUUUGAAGUACCCAAAAGUUUAUUUUUGCUAAAAAUUAUUG